AUGCUGCUGGAGGAGGAGAUCCCCGCGGGGCGCCGGGCUCUGCUGGACAGCUUCACCAACCUGGAGCGCGUGGCGGACUACUGCGAAACCAACUAUGUGCAGGCGGCAGACAAAGAGCGCGCCCUGGAGGAGACAAAGUGCUACACCACACAGUCGUUAGCUAGUGUGGCGUAUCUCAUCAACACUUUGGCUAACAACCUGCUGCAAAUGAUGGACAUCCAGGCCUCACAGCUGCGGCGCAUGGAGAGCUCCGUCAACCACAUCUCACAGACGGUGGACAUCCACAAAGAGAAGGUGGCUCGGCGGGAGAUCGGGAUCCUGACCACCAACAAAAACACGUGUCGCUCUCACAAGAUCGUGGCUCCAUCCAACCCUGAGCGCCCGGUGCGAUACGUGAGGAAGAACAUCGACUACAGCGGCCUGGACGACAUCGGCCACGGAGUCAAGUGGCUGCUGCGAUUCAAGGUGAAUGGGGAACAGAAAGGCCACUCUCGAGCCAUGGCUCCACACCAGCAGCUUCCCAGUCCUCCCAGAGGCAUCCUGGUCGGGGGCAGCAGCAGCAGCAGCAGAGAGAACAGCGGCAGUGGGAGUGUGGGGCUGCCCAUCGCUGUUCCAACUCCCUCCCCACCGGUCACAUACCCAGGAGCCAUCGUGCCUCAGUUCUUCAGUAUGAACCGCCCGCAGCCUCGACACCAGGCGCCUCAAGUGGGCGGGUCUCUGCCGUACCGCCGUCCCCCCUCUGUCACUGGCCAGCCAAUCACAGAGAACCAAACCGGCCUUAGUCCCUCCCCCAGCUCUAUAGCACUGCCUAUCACAGCCCACAGCGCGGCCAACGGUGGAACGUACUACAACCACAGCCCAGCCUCCCCUCCUCCUCCGUCUCUGCUGCAGUUCUCUCCUCAGCUUCCUCUCAUGGGUUUCGUCGCUCGUGUCCAGGAAUCCAUCUCAGAAGGAGCUCCGCACCCUCCUCCUCCUCAGUCUGGAGAGCCACUCACCUCUCCACAGCGCCCUCUGGUGGACAGACCUGAGCAGGAUCCAGAGUAUGCAGACCCCUACACCGACCAGGAGCCGAGCUGGGCCCCGCGGAGCUACCUGGAGAAAGAGUGUGUUCUCUGCAUUUUCACUCUGGUAAACCAGCAUAUGAGAUGUUGGAGAACCACCCUGACUGGACACCAUCCCUGUUGUUAG